AGCUAUUGCUAGCUCAUGCUGCUCAGCUAGCCAGGCGAGGAGGCUUGAUCCGUUGAUACAAGCGGCUGUCCUGCCACGGUGAGACGUUGUCGCUGAGCUGCAAUGGCGGAGGGAUGCGAAGAUCUCUUGGGCCAGGUUCAGAGGAAGGUGGCGUGCAUUCAGGAUGCCAUAGCCAGCAUCGCUGAGAAGCAGGAGCAACUUAACAGCAGCGCCCUUGGGGCCAAAAGCGAGAUCCACGCCGCCCUGUCACGCCAGCUGGAAGCGCUGCGGAACCGGGAGGUCUGGCUGCUGGACCAGGUGGACCUGAUCCUGCGCAUCCAGGACCAACUCCUGCGGGAGCACCUGGCAGGCCUGACACAAGAGCUGGGGGGCCUGCAACGCCUCUUGGAGUUGGCCCAACGCCAAGGAGAGGACAACUCACUGAAUGAAGAGCUGGCCGUUGCAUUAGCCCGACUGGAUCUACUCAACUUGGAGCCUCUGGAAGACACAUCCAUCAACUUCAAAGCUGACAUGGCUAGCCUCAGGAGGGCCAUCCGUGACUUUGGAGAAAUUGAGGCAAAGCGGCCCCGCUGGAGCUACGACUUGGAUGUGGGAAAAUCUCAACAAAAACAUCAGACUACAUCCUACCAGUUUUCUUAUGAGCCUGCUGAUUGGCUUGCCAGGAACACAACCUCCAAUUCCAUUGUUGAUGAAGACGAUUUCGUAAUGGUUGACGAGGACCAAUCAGAGACGGACAUUGACAUCCUGCCCGAUCGGCCGGUGGACACAGAACCCAAGGUGUGGCCUUCCUCGGGGCCCCAGGCAACUUUCAAUUUCAUCAACGAACUCCUGAACUCACCGCUGAGUGACUGGCUGUUAGAUCGAGACCACGCCCAGCGGCAAUUCAAAAUGGACAUGAGCUACUAUAGGGAGACAUCGGAAGAUGCCAAAGCAUGGCUAGUCAAUUACGAACAGAAGAUGGAAGACGAAGAAGAAGAGAAAGUUGAGGGUGUGCCGUCAUGUCCCAAGCCCGCAUGCGCUUGUGUUGCCUCAGAGCAAGGCCCGCAGUUCUACGAAAUCGAGAAUCUUGACGCUCUCCUCUGCAUCCAAGAGGCUGUCCCAUCCACCCCUGCUCCUGACUCGACAGCGUUCAAUAUCCACACUUGGCUGGCGAGUUCCAAGGAGGACACCGGAGGAGAGGAGAACCUGGAUUGGCAGGAGGCGGAAGACAAGAGUAAGUGGUUGAAGAGGGCUCUCCCCAAGGUGGAAGAUGUAUGCCGAGCCAACGAGCCUUGUAAGAGUUUCUCCGAGUGUGUCUGCGACACCAAUUGCUGUCUCGGCCACGCCGAACUGUCGUCCUCGUUGCCGCAGAGCAAGACCUGUAAGAACCGGGGAAAAAAUGGUAGUUUAUCGGGCGAGGGUGAGGUGUCCUGGCUGCUUCCCCAGGGGGAGCAAUCCCAUUGGUUGGCUCGAGGCAAGGAAGUACACACAACGUCCAAUGAUAUGGCUUCUCCCAUUGAUGAUUUCAUAAAGCAGCAAUCAAAGGAUAUGUCCAGUUGGUUAAUGAGUGGGGUCAAGGAAAGAGGUCCUUGUGAGGUGGCACAUGGAUACUUCGAGCACCUUUCUAGUGAGCCGUCUGAUUGGCUCGUGCAGGGGCGGUCAUGCCUUACAACCAAUCCAGCGUCUCCCUUGGAUGGGUAUUUCAAGGAGAGAUCAGAAAGGCAUUCGGAUUGGUUGAUCCAACACAAUGACCCUCCUCAAAACCUUGAUCUUGGUUCUGAUUUCUAUGCAAUCCCAACCUCUAGCAUUUCCAAUUGGCUGCACCGUGAGAGCAUAGAUCACAGCAAAACUCCGUACUCCACGCCGGCCUUCGAAAUUUUUGUUCACUCCCAGUCAGACAAGACCUCUAAUUGGCUAUCUAAGCAAAGCGACUCAAGCAUAACCUCAACCAAUUACCAGUGUCCUUUCCAGUGCCCCUUGACAGCCUAUUUUGCCCAAAGGUCAGAGGAGAUAUCUGAUUGGUUGAUCAAAGUUGACCAGAAAACCAAACUCCCCCAGAUUUCAGAUGAAGAUUACAAAUGGCUUGCUGUGCAGAACCGUGAAAAGGAAUCCGUUGACGUAGCUCCAUCCCCAUUGGUGGAGCUCUCCAAAAAAUCAAACAGCUUUGAUAAGUACUCAGAUUGGUUGCGAAAAAGUCCUCUAACGCACCUAGAAAAAGAGAGCUCAGACUCGAUGUUUGAAAUCUCAGAAAAGUUGUGGCUCGUUGCCACGACAAGUCAGGACAACAGAGAGUGUGGGGAAGAAAUGUCCGAAUGGCUCUCUCGCUGCUCACUCUCUACAACAGAGGUUGAGAGUCAGACCAAAGGGAACUUCACAUCAUCGGUUUCCUCCACCCCAGGGGUCGGAGACCCAGCCUCCGGUCCCAGCACAGUGUUCCCGUGCUUUGAUGAAAAAUCAGACACUGAGAAAUGGCUGGUCAUUUGAGUUAAGAGAUUAGACGCCAUGCAGAUUUCAAUGUGUGAUUUCGUGACAUCGUUUAUUAGAAAUUUUCCAUUCCUAAACAGGGACAGUCCCUGUCACCCUGUCACAGCAAGUAAGAAAUACAUUAAAAAAAUUCAAGCAAGGGUAUUUCACCAAGGCAUAUGUGACCAAUGACUUGCAACCCAUAACCUUUUGCCAACCCAUGUCUCAACCUUGAUCCCACCACAGUGAACCCAAACUUCACCAGAGAUUGUUGAAGAAGCUAGGUUGUUUUCCCCCCUCAUAAACAACUGAAUCCAAAUUUUUUAUUUGGUAAAACUUUGAUACAGUUUCAGAGUGACACUUUAAGCAGUUAUAUCAGAUCGUAGAUCACCUAAAAAUAUCAAAUUAAAGCAUACUAGUAUUUAUGUUGAAUUCACUGUGUUUGAAAGUGUGUGUGAAAUUUGAUAACAUUGGAUCAGGGAAUGCAGUACAUUUAACCCAAACUGAAAUACUUUGAAUCAGAUGGUGCAGCAUUCAAUCUACAACUUUCUGUCUUUUAGAGGUGAAAAAGCCAAACCGAUCGUAGCACGAGGUUGCGUACUGUGUAGGCCGUGUCUGAAAUGACAUGGCUACGGCUUGAAAUAAUACACAAGUCUGUGGCAGUAGCCACAACCUCUUGCCAUAGAGCCCCGUGUAAUUUCAAGUCACAGCCAAGUGAUUCGGACUCUGCCUUAUACAGUGUGUCUGCGCUACGCACGGCCCUCUUGCUCAAAGGCCAGUUGGACUAACAGCAUUCAAGCAAACAUAAUCUAGAUCUUGUAUAAACGCAUUGGGAUCUCUCUUUUGAAUGUGGCCCGCUAGGUCUGAAUGCGUACCUCAGACUAGUGUACUUUUUCCCCAUUUUGCUUUUUCUCACUUUCCAGCACAGCGUCUUUUGUAGGCAUUGCAAAAGGCCAGAGCACGCCAUAAACCUGGCUGGUUUUUAGAAAGAUGUUCUUGUAUCCACGCUGCAUUUUUCUCUCGAAGUCAAAUUCAUAAUGAAGCUGAUUGAUAAUAAUUGAAAAGCACAAACAAAACUGAUAGAGACACAAAAUGCAAUCAUACCUUAAUCCGUUUAUUAGAAUAUUUCUGGUACUUGUACGUACAAAAAAUUCCACAUCGAACCUAGAGCUUUGCACCCUAGCUGAUGGAAGUCUUGUGCUGUUUAGCGUUGCAUCCGGUAAACCUUUGCUCGUAUUUCCGUGGUUGAAACCUUGAUUAAGAUCCAUAACAUGCACAGAAAUGUUGCUUUGCCCUUUGCUGUAGAUAGUGUUGGAGUUGCCUCACCGGAUGAGGCUGUUUUAUGAUUUUGUCUCUCGAAAACACAGAUUUGGCUUAAAUAUUUGAAAUUCAUUAACGUCAUUGAGCUAAAUACUUUGUAGUAAUUGAGAAAUUAUAAAUUGUCCCUGCCAACUGCCCUUGUGUUAUCUCAUAAGAUCCUUUACUUCCUGUUGAUUUGGUUUCAUUUCUCUUCUGUUAUUUUUCCAAUUAAAUGUAGACAUUGUAACAAUUUUAUGUAUGUAUAAAUUAUUCGAAAGUAUGAAUUAGUAUUACUGAAAAGAAUUUAUGUACAACAGGGAUAGCAGUGUGAGAAAAGGACACCAUUUGUUCGCUAUUUUGGGUUGGUAAAAACAAGCAGACACGAAUAUCAACUGCGGCUCAAUUCCUCCACUGCGAGUUGAAAUACAUGUUGUAUUUUCCAAUCUUGCUUUGCAAAGGGUCGGAGAUGACCUGUUACUGGCGUAAAAUUGAAGGUCCGAAGAACCGCGAGAUGGUUGGUUUUUCCCUCAGCCUUCCUUGGAAAUUCAGAUAUUUCUACAGCUGUCUUACCACAGGCAAUGCAUGCGAAAAAUAAGCCGCCUUGAAUAAACCAAGGAACUCCGUAGUAGCUAGCUGCAUACAGCCAUCCUAAUGAGAUUGGACGACUUCUAAUUGUUUUGAGCGUUAAAGCAAGGAACGUUUUUAAACACUGCAACCAACUUUAUCUUGCGCCCGAAAUAUCUCUUCUGAAAAAAGAUGCUUGUCUUCGAGGUUAUGGCAAUGAAAAUGUUAGUGUGAUUUUGUUUUUGGGUAAUAAUUUAUGCAUUUGUAGUGAUUAUCAAAAGGCCAUGUAUGAUUAUAAGAGUUGGGUAUGUAACGUGAGUUUUGGUAAUGCAGGAACACUUGAAUUUAACCGGUGAAAGUUAAACUUCAAAUACAUGUACAUGUAUUAGGGAAUUGAGAGGGGUUUGUCCGAUUAUAUUGUUGAUAAUUUCAAGAUUUUUUUUUUUUGUAAAAUAUGAGUACGUACAGUUUCAAUCCGUUUCUGACAGUAAGGGCUGUAUAAUGUAUGCUUUUUCCGGAAGAAUAAAAAUCCAUGUUUGAUUGGAUGUAACAUUUGAAACUAGA